UGUUUACUGUGUGACUAUAAGCACCCAACUCCUCAGCUCUUUUUAUUCAUCCUGCAUGUCAGAUUACUUUCUAUGAAGACAAAAAUUUUCAAGGCCGCCGGUAUGACUGCGACUGUGACUGUUCGGAUUUCCACGCAUAUCUAAGACGCUGCAACUCCAUCCGAGUGGAAGGAGGCACCUGGGCAGUGUAUGAACGGCCCAACUUUGCCGGGUACAUGUACAUCUUGCCUCAGGGAGAGUACCCCAAGUACCAGCGCUGGAUGGGCCUCAAUGAUCGCCUCAGCUCCUGCCGAGCUGUCCAUCUGUCUAGUGGAGGCCACUAUAAGCUCCAGAUCUUUGAGAAAGGGGAUUUUAACGGUCAGAUGUAUGAGACCACUGGAGAUUGCCCUGCCCUCCUGGAGCAGUUUCACAUGCGAGAGAUCCACUCGUGUAAGGUGCUGGAGGGUGCCUGGGUCUUCUAUGAGCUACCCAACUACCGUGGCAGGCAGUACCUCCUCGACAAGAAGGAGUACCGGAAGCCCGUUGAUUGGGGUGCAGUCUCCCCAGCCGUUCAGUCCUUUCGCCGCAUUGUGGAGUCAUGAUGGGAGGGGCCAUAGGCUUCUUCCCGUGGUCCCAUGAGACAACAUAAGUAAAAUCAUUGACUUGCAUGCCACUGCUGACUGUAACCGCUCUCUUAAAUGCUUUUAGGGACCAGCAAUGUAGUGCCAGUCACAGCAAACAGCUCCAUAGGCAACUAACUCAUUUG